UCCUCUCCGUUCCUCUCUUCUCUCUCAUUAGAAAUGGAAACAUUACUGAAAAUGAGCAGAUGUCCACAAGAUCCAGACCGAUAUUUCCUGAGUACAAAUGAGCAGAUAAUCAGCACAAUGGAGACCCAGGUGUCCAACGGCCCCACAAGCAACAGUUCCCUCCCCAAUGGGCCACUGAUCAGUGCCAAUGGGGCCACCGAUGAUUCCAAAACUAACCUCAUAGUCAACUACUUGCCCCAGAACAUGACACAAGAGGAAUUCAAGAGCCUCUUUGGAAGCAUUGGAGAGAUUGAAUCAUGCAAACUGGUUCGAGAUAAAAUUACAGUUUCACAGCAAAGUCUGCUAUGGAGGUUGAUUAGUCUGCUCACAAAAGUUGCAGCUGAGUGAGAAUUUGAACAUGUGCUCAGUUGCCAAACACUACAUUCGUCUUAUAGCAGGGGUGUCAAACUGCCAGCCCACAGGCCAGUUGCAUCAUACAAAGGUCGUGCCCA